UAGUACAGAAGUGCAGCGAGAGAACAUGACAGCUUGUUAUCAACACAGAACGAUUUGGUGAGGCGUCACCUCCGCAGGACAUUACUCUGAAGUGCCUGCUGUAUACAUGUACUGCGCGGUAUACAGGAUGAACUCGAUACAGUACCAGCGUAUUUUCACCUUCCUGACCCUUCUGCUCGUGUUGGCUAUUUGGACGGCACUCUUGACUGGUUUCCAGAUGACGCAGUUCGACUACUCGGGUGUUUUUUCACGGGCGGGGAUACCCAAACCGCGCGAGACGAGACCAGAGUGGUGCUCAUUAGUGUUCCAGUCUCAUCAGAACACAAACAGUAGCUUAGUGGAAGAUUUGUUCGCUCUUACGCCACCAAACUUCGAACAAACUUUCAAGAACCCUUGUUUCUACGACGCUUGUCAUCAAACUAGGAACGGCACCAUUAGGAAACUCCGCUGCCUUCCGUUUUUUCACGUGUUGGGGGUAGACAAGUGUGGGUCGACGGAUUUAUACAGUCGUAUUGUCCGCCACCCACAGAUCUUCCCCAACAAUGGGACACUGAACAAAGAAACCAUGUGGUGGUCAUGGCGACGGUAUGGUCACAAACUUAAAGUAGAGACACACCAAAAGGAAACGUUUCUCCGGUACUUACAAUAUUUCGAUGGCCUCUCCAACAAGCUAGAACACUCCCAACGUGACUACAGCAGUAUAACAGGUGAUGGAACGCCCAUGGACUUUUGGGACUUCUCAGGUUGGCCACAGAUUCCCCAAAAUUUUGGUCUUCAGGAUCCGAAAGUAUUAACUCCUCAUCUGAUGAAAUAUUUCAAUCCCUAUCUGAAGUUUAUCUUGAUAUUCAGACAACCAUCGGAAAGGUUAUUCUCGGAUUACAUUUUUCUAAAACUUGGAGACCCAACACCUAAAGCUUUUCAUGGGAAAGUCUUGCGCGCCAUCACGAUGUUUAACAACUGCCGCAAGAACCACACCGUACGAGCGUGUCUGUUUAGUCGGGAACUCCACGUUAAACUUCCGGUCCGUCUCCACGUUGGUGUGUAUUCCGUCUUCCUUGAAGAAUGGCUAAAGGUGUACGACACGACUAACUUUCUGUUUCUUAGGACAGAAGAUUAUUCCAGAAACAUAAAAGGGACCUUAAAAACAAUAUUUUCGUUCCUCGGAGUCGAAGAACUUCCAGAAGAAAAGUUAAAAGAAAUAUCAGACGGCACACGGAUGUACAAAACAAGAAGGAAGAAGAAAUCCGCUGCCAUGAUGUCAGAAACUAGGCGUUUGUUGGAUAAAUUCUAUGCUCCUUUUGUGCGACAUUUACAUGCUUUAACAAAUGAUGAACGAUUUCUUUGGAAUGACAGACUAUCAUAGGUGAACAACGUGGAUUAGCGUCUGUUAGCUCUGUUUGUUGUUUUUUGCUCUCUCUUUUUCAAAGCAGAGAAAAGAAUUUGUACAUAUAUUUUUUAUUCUGAUAUAUAUCCACAAAAUUCUCGAAAAUCAUGUGAGGAUUCAGCUUUAUGUUUAUAUAUAAUCAUAUUGAAAACAAGAAUCGCAUACGUACGUA